AUGUCUGGGACCCUGACAGCCAGUGUCUCUAUGGCAGACACAUCGGGCAAAGGCCUUGAUAGCUCCAAGUUGCCCAUGUUUGCUAGGCCUGGACAUCAUGUGCAGGGACCUGGACACCGUGUGCACAAGACCUGGACACCGUGUGCACCGGACCUGGACGCCGUGUGCACGGGACCUGGACGCCGUGUGCACGGGACCUGGACGCCGUGUGCACAGGACCUGGACGCCGUGUUCAUGGUGCUGGCCCCUGCGGGCCUGGACACCGUGUGCAUGGUUCAGGGCGCAGGUUUCCGAGGCUGGAAGGAAGGAACUUCUCUGUUUAGUAAAGACGACAAAGAACAUCUGCUCGAGAGAUGCAAAUCUCCCAAGUCCAAAGUAACUAACUUACGACUUAAAGAAGAGUUGAAGGCAGAGAAGAAAUCUGGAUUUUGGGACAGUUUGGUUUUAAAACAGAACAACCAGUCUCGAAAACCAGAUGAGAUGGAAGGCUGGGAACCCCCCCAACUCAGUUCUGAAGAUGUGGUGGCCCAUGUGGACGCUGCUCACCCUGACUUGGGGAGUAGCCACUCACCCUGGCCUGGCUGGGACGGUGACAGCAAGGGCUCUACCAAGUACACCAGCCUGUCCAGUUCAGCCAGCAGCUCCCGCUGGAGUCUCCGGUCAGCAGGGAAGUUGGUCAGCAUUCGGCGACACAGCAAGGGCCAGCUGACAGACGCGGUGGAGGAGGUGGAGUGAGCAGAGGAGCCCUGUUAUGCUUGUCUAGCCUUUAGUUUAGGGUUUGCUGGGCCUAACGACCCUCUGCUAGCACACCAUUAAGUCACCCAACCCUCCCUCAUUCUAGAAGUCCGUAGAGUGCCUGAGAGUCACGCUGGAAACCACAUGCAUGGUGGCUCCUGGUGGCGUUUGUUUGCCUUACCUUGGACAUGUCCAUAUCUACUGAACCUGGACAUGAGCAUCUUUCAUGCUGUCCAGUGAUAGCGAAAUGACCUGAU